UGAAGCUGCUAAUCCCCUGCGUCCCUGCUUCACUCUGAGCCCGGAUUUAAUUCCUCUAAACCCCCAGCUGCCGCCCUGCUUUACUCACGGAGCUCCGCAGCCUGCACCGGGUUUUAAUAAUUCACCAGCCCGCCUUUCGCUGCUGCUGCCCGGCCUGGAGGAGCAGCAGGACCGACCCCCUCUCCGCGGCUCUUUCCCGGAUCUCUCCACUGUAACUUCCCGUGUAAAGGAGCAGGUGGAGCGAAAGGAAAACCCCGAAUCAGGAGAGGAAAGGAAAGGAAAGGAAAGAGGAAGCGUUACGCAGGAGGAACAGCUGAUCCGAAGAGCGCGUAACUCCGGAUCUGUCACUCGGGUUUUAGUAGGGGAGUGUGUCGGUGGUGCAGCGCGCGCGGGAUAUUACCGGAACCGGGACAGACUGCAGAGCGAGAGAGAGAGAGGAGGAAGGCUUUUCAUGGAGAUAUCCUGAGUUAUAAAGCACCUUGCAUUGGAUUAAACCGCGCUGUGCUGCUCUGGCUGAGAGGAGACGGUUCGAAAUCAGAAAAUAAAAUGCACACCGGGCUCCAUUAGGGUUGUUUUGCUUCCGGUAUAAUAAGGCCAAGCAGCAGCAGGAGAAGAAGAAGAGACGACAAGAGAACUUUCUCUCUCACACUUUUUUUUUUUUUGGAAGACGAACUUUUGAGAGUGGAAAAUGGGUCUUUGAGAGAGUUUGGCACAUUUCCCUUCACCACAAUGGCAUCUGAAGCCUUCCUGUGUAACGAAGAACCCUCCAGAGGUCCAGGGAUGCCUGAAUGCUUUGUAGUGUCAGACUCAUACCGGUAUUACCCUACUCACCUUCUAAACAAUGCCUUAGUGGAUGAAUUUCACCCCUUCAUCGAGGCCCUCCUCCCCCAUGUGCGUGCCUUCUCCUACACCUGGUUCAACCUGCAGGCCCGCAAGCGCAAGUACUUCAAGAAACACGAGAAGAGGAUGACGAAGGACGAAGAGCGCGCGGUGAAGGACGAGCUGUUGGGCGAGAAGCCGGAGAUCAAGCAGAAGUGGGCGUCGCGCCUGCUGGCCAAACUCCGAAAGGACAUCCGGCCGGAGUUCAGGGAGGACUUUGUGCUCACCAUCACGGGGAAGAAGCCCCCCUGCUGUGUGCUGUCCAACCCCGACCAGAAGGGGAAGAUCCGGCGCAUAGACUGCCUCCGACAGGCGGACAAAGUGUGGCGCCUGGACCUGGUGAUGGUCAUCCUGUUCAAGGGGAGUCCCAUGGAGAGCACGGACGGAGAGAGGCUGGUGAAGUCUCCGCAGUGCUCCAACCACGGACUCUGUGUGCAGCCGCAUCACAUCGGGGUCGCCGUGAAGGAGCUGGACCUCUACCUGGCCUACUUCGUGCACUCGCCAGAACAAUCAGGACAAUCAGAAAUCUCAAACCAUCAGGGAGACACAGACGUGAAGCCCCCCCCCAAUGGACACUUGAGUUUCCAGGACUGCUUUGUGACUUCAGGGGUUUGGAACGUAGCCGAGCUGGUCCGAGUGUCACAGACCCCAGUUGCUACGGCGACAGGUCCGAACUUCUCCCUGGCCGACCUGGACAGCCCCGGGUAUUACAACAUCAACCAGGUGACGCUGGGCCGACGCUCCAUCACCUCCACCCCCUCCACCAGGACUGAGAUGGAGCUUUAUGCAAGUCUCCCACGGAGCUCCAACAAGCGUAAGUCCAUUGACGACAGCGAGAUGGAGAGUCCGGUGGACGAUGUUUUUUACUCGGGUCGAUCCCCGGCGGCCGGCAGCAGCUCUCAGUCCAGCGGCUGGCCCAACGAUGUGGACGCAGUGCAGCACCAUUUGGCCAGUGUGCAGGAGAGGAAGAUUAAGCAUGAGAGCGAUGGAGUGCAGUUUCCUUACCAUGGACUCUCAUCGCCUGGUUCUCUUAAGAAGCCGGGGAAAUUCGAUUUCAGCGCCAUGUCCUCCCAGAGGCCCCCCCGCAUGGCGUUCACCCACCACACACUGCCCAUGCUGGGAGUGAGACCAGAAAUGUCUGUGUUGGCAGGGAGUCCCCGAGCUACAGCCUCCGCGCUGCACUUCCCGUCUCCCUCCAUCAUCCAGCAGUCCAGCCCCUACUUCACCCACCCCACCAUCCGGUACCACCACCACCCGGGACAGGACCCCCUGAAGGAGUUCGUGCAGUUCGUCUGUGCCGACGGAUCAGGGCAGUCAUCCGGACAGCCAAACGGGAGCGGCCAGAGCAAAAUGCCGGGCUCCUUCUUGCUGCCUCCACCUCCCCCAGUGGCCCGCCCAGUGCCCCUCCCCAUGUCCGACUCUAAACCCAACAGCACGCCCCCCGACGGCGGACUCUCCUCGCCCGCAUCUCCGUCAUACUCCACGCCAGGCGCCUCAGCUUCCAACAGGUUUGUCGGCAUCGGAUCACGGGACAACAACUUUCUGAACAUCCCGCAGCAGACGCAGUCUUGGUUCCUCUGACAAGAUCUGUGCCCCAACCAGCAACAAGAGUUCUUUCUUUACAAUCGGAAAUAAGAAGAGAGAGAUCCAAAACCUGUCCUCCAACAAACCCACCGACCUGACAGUACGUCCCACCUGAUGUUUAGGAAAUACACCCGAAGCAACGCAGGAAACCACAGCAGCUUUUCAGAGGAACUCAUUUUAUCCAGUCAGAGGGAGAUGAAGCGAUGGAGAGGAGAAGAUGAAUGGAUGGACAAGAUGGACGCCGGGAUGAAGCACAACUGAGGAGUUUUGUGUAAAGAACGACAGAGAAAACCCAACAAAAUCAGGUUUCUACAUCACAUUUCCCCGCAUUGCAUCCACAAAGGUGUCCGCUGAAAGCUGCAGUCCUGUGACGUCCCCCAAAUUGUCCAAAUGUCCCUCUGAAAAAGACUCGACAAAGUCCCUUUUUACCCUGCUACUAACUAGAGAGAGACCAUGCCAAAACAUAUCUCCAUUUAAGGGUUGCACUAGAAGCCGAAUUAAUUAACACUAAUCCUAACGAUGUGCACUAUUUACCUGCGAGGCAUGGGAGGUGAACCCUUCUGAUGAGAGUUUUAAAGAGGAAACAACUCAACCCAACCCCCCCAUCGACCAAUCAUUGGCCUCCGCUCACUUUCCCCGCACAACACACACACCAUGAACAUGAUUAAAAAACACACACACACAGUUUUAGAUCGUAGUAUCCAUAGGUGGAGGUGUGUGUUACCAUAUCUGUAUUCUACACACACACUAAGCCCAGUGAACAAUUCAAUUAGAUAUCCAAACA